CAAUGACAGGAGGCAAUGUGGAAGGCUGCAUUGACCUCCCCCAGCACUCACCUCUACUGCGAAGCCAUGUUUCGGUCUCUGAAGCACGUCCCGCGGGUGAGCUGCACCCUCCUGAGUUUGCAAAGACUCAGCGUGAACUCUAAAGUCAUCCUCUGCACGUCCAGAAUGGCCAGCUCGGGCUUCAGGGUGGAGCGGGACACGUUCGGUGAGCUGCAGGUCCCAGCCGACAAGUACUAUGGUGCCCAGACUGUGAGAUCCACCAUGAACUUCAAGAUAGGAGGACCGAGUGAGAGAAUGCCAAUCCAAGUGAUCAAAGCCUUCGGGAUCCUGAAGAAAGCAGCUGCAGAGGUAAACAAAGACUAUGGUCUCAGCCCAAAGAUUGCAGAUGCUAUUGUCCAGGCUGCGGAGGAGGUUUCAGCUGGAAAACUGGAUGAUCAUUUCCCUCUGGUGGUGUGGCAGACUGGAUCUGGAACUCAGACCAACAUGAACGUCAAUGAGGUGAUCAGUAAUAGGGCCAUUGAGAUUCUGGGGGGACAGCUGGGCUCCAAGGACCCAGUUCACCCUAAUGACCAUGUGAACAAGAGUCAGAGCUCCAAUGACACCUUCCCCACUGCCAUGCACAUCGCAGCAGCUACGGAGGUCCACCAAGUCCUGCUGCCCGGCCUGCAGACUUUACAUGACGCCCUGGCUGCUAAAGCUGAAGAGUUCAAAGAUAUCAUCAAAAUCGGACGCACUCACACUCAGGAUGCUGUGCCGCUCUCCCUCGGACAGGAGUUCGGGGGUUACGUCCAGCAGGUGAAGUACAGCAUUGAGAGAGUGAAGGCCGCUAUGCCCCGGGUGUAUGAGCUGGCAGCAGGAGGCACGGCAGUGGGAACCGGACUCAACACCCGCAUUGGCUUUGCUGAGAAAGUGGCGACCACUGUCGCUUCUCUCACAGGUCUGCCAUUUGUGACCGCCCCCAACAAGUUUGAAGCUCUGGCUGCCCACGACGCCCUGGUGGAGCUGAGCGGAGCCCUGAACACAGUGGCCGUUAGCAUGAUGAAGAUCGCCAACGACAUCCGCUUCCUGGGUUCAGGACCGCGCUCUGGUCUGGGAGAGCUCAUCUUACCAGAGAACGAGCCAGGAAGCAGCAUCAUGCCCGGAAAAGUGAACCCCACUCAGUGUGAGGCCAUGACGAUGGUCGCAGCCCAGGUGAUGGGAAACCAUGUGGCAGUCACUGUCGGAGGUAGUAAUGGACACUUUGAGCUCAACGUGUUCAAGCCCAUGAUAAUCAAGAACGUCCUCAACUCGGCACGACUGCUCGGCGAUGCAUCCGUGUCCUUCACCAACAACUGCGUGGUGGGCAUCCAGGCCAACACGGAGAGGAUCAACAAGCUCAUGAGCGAGUCUCUCAUGCUGGUCACUGCACUCAACCCUCACAUCGGGUACGACAAAGCAGCCACCAUUGCCAAAACGGCUCACAAGAAAGGCUCCACGUUGAAGGCCGUCGCUGUGGAGCUGGGCUACCUGACCGAGGAGCAGUUUGACCAGUGGGUGAAACCAAGUGAGAUGUUGGGGCCAAAAUGAACUCUCACAACCCAAGAAAGGUCACAAAACAGAGACGAUACCUUUUCAACUUUGAGAAAAGUGUAUUUCUAAAUAAAUAAAAGCUUUGAACUGUAUGAGCAAGACCAUUUUUGAACAUCUCGGAUCUCCUAAUAAAACGAUGAUAAAGCUCCUCUCUUGUUUGAUACAUCUUCUUACCGUUUAACAUUCAGUCUGCACUGUUUGUGGUUUGUUAGUGUUGCUCAGCUCUUAGCUGAGACAGCUGACAUGGUAUUUGGUGUUACACACCUUAAUUUCAUUCUGGUAAAGUUGUGAAGUCAAUUUAUCUGUGGUUGGACCCGUUACAGAAAUACAUGAUAUAGCUUCACUGUUAAGACAACCAUUUUGGCCCUAAUUUUCCUACCAAAAUACUGUUAAGGUGUUUUCACUGUUCCAUCCAAGUUCAAAUAUGGACAUCUGUAAUUUGUGUGUGUGCCACUUAAGCAGUGCUCCAGUUCAAUAAAAUGUGAUAAAGUGAA